AUGGGAAGCAUCCCAUCGCUACCUGAGGCCUCAGAGGACACAAUUGUGGACGAGCAGACGGCCACAGACGGACACAUCACCGCGAGUCAAAACCUUGAAGACUAUGCGCAGGCGUUCCAGGCUGCUUGUGCUAGCCAGAAAACCCUGGCAGUCAAGUUGCUGUACUGCGACGGCAAGCGCGAGCCCCAGGCUCCGCACCUACUCACUGCAGAUGACGUGAACGCAAUGAUGAGAAUGAAAUUCACCGGGGCCGCGUUCAAGCACAAUUUGAAGAAAGCACGCGACCACAUUAGCCGCGAUGCCUCCAUUGCGAAAGCCGCAGCAGUUGCGUUCACACUCGCUGCUGAGCUCGGCUACGCAAACAACCCGUUGAUCAUCGACCGAUCCAACGUCAAUUCGGACGCGCACUCAGGGGUGCGCAACGAUACUGCACUCAGCCGGCUGGCUGUGGCGCAGUCGCUCACAGAGGAUGUCGUGAAUCUUGGCCUCGUGAUGCUUAGUCGGCUCACGACGUUGGCCUACUGCCGGAAGCAUGCCCUCGGCGGUAUGGCCAUGCCAAAAGGCCAGCCCUUUACUGGCGGGAGGCAAAAGUUCUACUCCGUUGCCAAGGUCUUGAUUGCGCCCUACGCGUUCAAAGUCCUGGCACACAUUGACUCCAACAAUGGCCAGAAACGUUCGCAAAUUGCUGUCAUCCCCUACACGGCAGACAAGGGCAUGGAUAUGGCUGCGUGGGCAGUCCUCCCAUGCGCCCUCGAGGAGCCGCCCAGGUUCCAGGGCGGACCAUCCGAACUACGUGGGGUGACACGCACUGUCGAACGCGUGGUUGAAAUGGAUGCGCUAGGCAUCCUCGCGCUCGGCAACACAGAAGUUCAGGCUCGCUUGUUCCUGCAACUCUUGAAGGGUUCUCUACCAAUCUUGCACUUGGUCCACCCCUUUACGUCGGCACUUCUACGUCGCAGCAUGGCAGGUGGCAGCAUGUCUACGCUGUUGACUGCGUCCGGACUCGAGUCCUUGCGAAAGGCGGCUGCCCCCUUGGCCGCCUUAUAUUAUGGGAUCUACAGCAGUGAGACGGGGGCUCGUGUCGGCCCCGCCGAUGCGAAAGCCGCCAAGCCCCAUCCCGCAUGGAGUGACCUUGGCAAACGCUUGGCUGCACAUGUGUCGCUUGCCAAAGUCGAUGAGGACACGAUAAAGAAAGUCCUUGCUGCCACGGGAGGAUCAAUCGACAAGACAGCGACACCUCUCCAGAUAAGAGCAAAGCGGGAAGCUGUGCCCAAAGAAAUGCGGAGCCUCGCCGCUCCAGACAUCAAUGAGACGGACAUCAUCAGCGACAUCUCGCUGGCUGACGACGCAACGAAGGAGAUUGCAGUCCCAGAUGCUGCCGCAGCAAAAAGCCGUGUGAAACGUUUUGAUCUGAGCAAGGUCAUGCCGACCAAGCAGCAGGGCAUGCUGGGAAUGGUGGGCGGUGCCCUUGGACUGGGGAAGAAGACAGUGGAUGUCAGUGACGACGAGAUCAUGGAGAUGAUCACUGGCUCCUUUGCCGCAGUGCAAGGUGCCCAGGCCAUGCUGGAUUCGGGUGACCUUGAAUACAUGGAGCUGGCGGACUCAUUCUUCGCUGGCGCGAAGGCUUCAUUCACAAGCGGGGUGGAAGAAGCUGCACUUCCUGAGUUCAAGAAGGUGGUGAUCGACUCGUUUGUGAGCGCGGUGCAGUCAACGCACGCAAAGCACGAGGCACGUGAGAAGCUGCGAGAAGAGCGUGCACGUGCUGAGGAGGAUGCACGGAAGGCAGCUGCUGAAGCUGCUGCAGAGCAGGCCAAACGCGGUGCUGCCAUCAUCGCACAGUGGCGUGCAUUGCCGCCUGAGUCGCGCGCAGGAGAUGCGCUGACGGAGCGUCUCACAGCUGCCUCGCUCACACUCACAGAUGUGCAGCAGGAGCUCAACGAUGAUGAGGAUGUGUGGGUGAUGGCCGUGCUGCAAACAGGGGAGGACCGACCACCGCGGGAGAGUGAGGGGGGAGAGGAAGAGGAGGCUGCCACAUACGUCCCACUUCAACAGGGACAACUGGCCAGAGUGGACCCCCGCAUCUAUCGAUGGGGCACCGCAGCCAGCACGAUGCACCCUACAGCAGCCGUGGCUGCGGCUGCGGCCGCAAACCGUGAGGAAUGGGACGACACGCCCCUGGUGCAGACGCACUGGACAACACCGAGAAGGAGCACAGCCACCUAG